UAUUAGAAAUGAGUGACAGUGUCUUAUGUCAGUCAGACAUGUGUUAAAGUUUUGCGUUCGAACUGGGUUAGAAACUCGCUGGGUCCAUAGUCGUUCUUUGGAAAUGACUCUCACUAAAAAAAUUAUAAAUACCAACAACGCGCCAAGGCCAAUAGCUCCAUACAACCAAGGCGUUGUUUUGGAUUCCACCUUAUACGUGUCAGGAUGCCUAGGCUUAGACAAAGAUACCAUGAAACUAGUAGAGGGUGACGUUAGCGCCGAAACUAGGCAAGCUUUAAAAAAUCUCGGACACAUAUUGCAGGCAGCGAAUUCCUCUUACGACAAAGUGGUUAAAACUACCAUAUUUUUAAGUGACAUUAACGAUUUUGCGGCUGUCAAUGAGGUUUAUAAGGAAUUUUUCACAAAGGAUUUCCCGGCAAGAUCAGCUUUUCAGGUGGGAAAGCUUCCUUUGAAUGCCAGGGUGGAAAUCGAGGUAGUUGCUGGGACUGGAAAUGUGAAAACGAUAUGCUGUCAUUAAUAUUAAGGAUAUAUAGAGAAUUUGUAUUGCUUAAAUAAAUAUUUAUUAAUAAACUUAAGUUUUGCGAUUAAAACUUGUGGAAAUCUGCAGUUCUACUUUUUGCAAAACUUUUUUUUGUUGAGUCGAACUUGGUGACGUUUCGCUUGACUGAAAAACUUCAACUCAUUAAGAAGUUUUGAAAAAAGUAUUACAGUAGCCUGUGGAAGUUUCUUUGAAAAAUCUACAGUUCUCUCGAAAAUAAUUUACUGAGUUAACUUUUCAGGACAAUAAAGGUAA